GGACCCAAGAGGCGGAGGCUGCAGCAGGGGCGAGGACCGUGGCGCAACGGCAUCGAGCGGCGUCGCGCGGAGGCGGCUCGUAGGGUGCGGCGCAGAAGCUGCGCCGGCGUCGAGCAUCUGGGCGAGGCGGCAGACCCAAGCGGCGGAGGCUGCAGCGGCAACGAGGAGCGUAGCGCAGCGGCACCGAACGACGGCGCGCGGAGGCGGCUCGCAGAGGGCGGCGCAGAAGCUGCGACAGCGUCGAGCAGUUGAGGCGCGGAGGCGGCGGCAACAUCAAGCAUCGGGGCGAGGAGGACCUCAACCCCUGUCGGCGUGCGGCGGACCUCGAGCGCGGUGGCGCAUGGCAGCCCCCGACCCCCGGCGGCGGCGACGUGUCCCGGCGUCUGCGUGACGGCGACGGGCCCAGCGGUGCGGGGCGGCCCCUGUUUCCCAGCGGCUCGUGUCGACCCUUGACCCCCAGGAGCGCGGUGACAGGAGACUCACUGCGGCCCCUGGUGGUUCGCAGAUCUGGCGGCGCCGUGACGGGCAACCCGGUGAUGCUCAGAUCUGAUGGCUCUGCAGCGCGUCGUGCGAGACCCGUUGGCGCGCGGCGAGAUGACGGACGUGCGUGGAGAGCACGGAUGGCGCCGGCGCUGGCCACACCCUGCACGACAGCAGCGCCCCCGAGAUCCUGUUCUAUGACGGCCAUGAUAGCGGGUAUGGUACAUUACUCUGCUCAGUUGUUAUUCCAGUUUCAUGUAUCGUUCCUAAUCUUUGCUCUGCGUCUGUUUUUUUAUUUUAUUCCAUGCAUUUGUCUUCGGCAUGGAGCUUACAGAUGGAUACGAUUUGUUUUGCUGGCUGCAUGCCCAACCAUGCGUUCCGCCUCCUCGCCACGCUCCUCUCCCUCGACCCCGCCGGCCGCGGCACCACCGCCGCCGCCCUCGACGCUGAGUACUUCACCACGGCGACGACGUACGCAUGCGACCCAGCGAGCCUGCCCAAGUACGCGCCCAACAUAGAGAUGGAUGCCAAGCUCCGGGAAGAUUCUAGGAGGAGCAACGCCCGGACCCACGCCGGCGAGGCGGCCGGCAAGCGGGCACACGAGCAUGCAGCUGCAGGACACGAACCAGAGCCACGUGCACACCGAGGAAUUGCUGCCUGUUGUGGCCGGAGAUGGUGGUGCGGCGGCGAGGGACUAUGGCAAGGCAUGACUGUUCGUCGACCUAGAGCCCGUGCCGACCUGCAGAACCACGACCAGCACAUCUGCGCGAGCUGGCCGGUGGUAAUGGUUUAAGAGAGGUGCCUUUCUGAUUCACAAACUAGAAUGAAAUUCUCUGAAAUCGCCAUGACCAACUGCUAUUGCAUUGGAUCCUUGUUGUUUAUUACAGGAAGCAAGAAGGAGCAUCACUGAUGUUCUUUUUAAAUUCAUGUGUUUUAGGAUUUAAAUUUGAAAUUCUCAGCUUUCUAUGCCCGCACAAAGCGGCUUCUAUGCCUGCAUGUAGAGUUUUCUUUUACUGCAUGCAGUGGGAUCUAUGACCGCACGUAGCAGCUUCUGUAUCUAUGUGGUGGAGUUUUCUAUGACUUCACACAGAAGUUUCUAUGUUGUUAUAUUCAAAAUUGAAAAGGGUAGUAAGGUAUUGGUCAUAGAAGAUGGUACUGCUAACCAUAGAUAGGGUUUCCUAUGCACGGGGUAAUUAACUAUGAUGUGGUGAGUAUAUAAUCAUGUAGAUACAAGUAAGAGAGUGUUAAAAGUCUAGUUCUAUGAUUGUUUGCCCUGUCUUCUAUGAUCGCGACCAGACCUGGAGCGGCGACUCUGGGGUCCUUGAACCUCGUCGCAGAGACCCCGGCCAGAGAUCUAUGCACCAUUGCAAGGCCAGAGAUCUAUGCAAGGCCAACGAUCUAUGUUUUAUUUGAUUAAUUGAUGUCUGCAAGGCCAGAGAUAUUGUAACUAACCACUAAUUUUUGGGAAACAAUCAUGAGAUCUAGUGAUUUUGUUUGUUGAUUGGUUGUGCAUGUAAAAUGUUUUGACCAAAUUCUCCCAAGGCUACAGAUGCUGUGUGUUUUCAAAUAUAUUUGAUUUGAUUUCUAAACCUUUGAGGUGUCUAUGACAACGAUGUUAUGUUUUUAUACAAGUUGAGUAUACAAUUCAAGGUGAAUAUAGAUUUAUAUGCUCGAGUCUUAAAGAUUCUAUGUGCUGGAAUGCUCCACGAAACCUCUGCGCAUUCAAAAUUUAAAUUUGUAGCAAAAGAAUUUCAAAUUUGUAGCAAAAGGUUGACAGGCGUACUAUGUGAAGGAUCCAUACAUGUAUUUCUACCGUACUUUGGCUAAGCUUCUAUGAUCUGAAAUCAUCAACAAAUUGUUGGACUGUGUUCCUACGCUCUUUCGGCUAAGCUUCUAUGAUAUGAGAUCAUGAACAAAUUGGACUG